AUGAACACUACACUACUCGUAUCAAGCAAUCAAGCUUGGAAUGUGUUGCAUGAACUGGUGAGACUGCGAGCGCCUCUUGAAGCUCCUCCUUUCAAUGCACUUUUAACCGAAUUAGGGAGGCGUGGGGAUGUUAAUGGAAUGACUACAGUUUUGGCUGAGAUGAGGGAGAGUGAUAUUAUGCCGGAAGUUGGAACUUUGGUGAUUCUUGUUAAUCAGUUAUGUAAGUUAGGGAGGGUUGAUGAGGCGAUGGAAGUGUUCGACAAAAUAGGUGAAGAAAGCGAGAGUGAUGGUCUUUCAGUUGAAGCUGAUGUAUAUAAUACUAUGGUUGAUGGCCUUUGUAAGGCAGGGAGGCUUGAAGAAGGGUUGCAUUUGAUGGAACCGAUGAAAUCCACGAAGGGUUUGGCACCUAAUACAGUUACUUAUAAUUGCUUGGAUGAUGGGUUUUCUAAAGUUGGAGAGAUUGAGAUAGGGAAGGAGCUAUUUGAUCAGAUGAAUGAAGAAGGGGUUUCACCUAAUGUUGUAUCUCUUAAUGCAUUGGUGGUUGCCGGUUGGUAUGUGCAGACAUGGGAGGAUCAAUAUGGAUGCUCUGCAGAUGCUACUGUUUGCUAUAGCUUGAUCUAUGGUUUUUGCAAAGCUGGAAGGAUGGGUGAUGCCAAUGAUGUUUUGUCGCAGUUUAAACAAGCCGGUUUCCUCCCUGACAUCAAAUGCUAUAAUGCUCUUGUCAAUGGGUUAUGUAAGAAGAACAUGGUAGAUAAAGCUUAUGAAAUCAUCAAGCUAUGCUUAUGAAAUCAUCAAGGAAAUGAAGUGGGAAUGAAGCCUGAUAGUGUCACCUGUAACACAUUGAUCGCUUAUUUUUGCAGAAGUGGGGAUUUGGCACUUGCUCUUAGGGUGAUGAAACGGAUGAUUAAGGACGGUCUUGUGCCUACUACUGACACAUAUAGAUCGCUUCUACAUGCGUGCUGCUUAAAUGGAAAAACAAAGGGAGCCAUGAAGCUUUUCACUGACAUGAGUUCCAUAUCAAUGAUUCCACCAAACACUAUAACAUACAACAUUCUUAUAGAAUCUUUGUGCAAGCAUAACGAAGUCAAAAGUCGCUUUAUCUAUGAUGGAAGAUAUGAAAGCAAAUGGGACUCUAUAACCAUGCAGAUUCCAACAGAAUGGCUAUCUGCUGUUGGUGAACUGGAAAAAUUGAAAAGCUUCGUUCAAAGAAACAAGUUGAGUGAGCCGCCUGAACCUGCAGUUAAUCUAUCAUUGGUUCGGAAAGGCUUCAUCAGCUUUCAUUGGAACAGCCCAAGGGAAGACUUACGUACUCCAAUGGAUGUUGCCCGUGCAAGUUCUUGUACCAUUGGAUGUUUCGUCAUUAUUAAUCUAGUCAUUUAUAUUAUUGUCUAUAACUGA